AUGGGCACAGGAAGCAGCGAAUCAAUCCUAUCGAAAUCAGCACUCAAUGCGGUCUGUCCUGAUGCUGUUCUAGCCCCGACUUCUGUGCGCAUUCAUGGGGUUACUGGCCAUCAGUUGCAAUUCCUUGAUGAAACAAUGUUGCGUGUUCAAUCUGAAUCCGGCGUAUCAAUCCCAAUCCGAUUCCUGGUAUCAGCCCACAGUCCGUCUAUUCUGGGCCUUCGAGCAAUGCGGCUACUACAAGGGUCCAUCACACUACACACCAACAACCAUAUGCCAAUCACCUCACAUUUUCAACAUUUGCUUGUACAGUGUUCCGGUACCGUUGGUGGUAUGAAAGUACCGUCGGUAAGGUUGAACGUGGAUGGCAAACCUAUUUUCCUAAAACGACGCGUCCUCCCAUACGGUCAACGGUACGGUGUCCUGAAAGCAUUACAGAAAAUAGAGCAGGAUGAUGUGAUAAACAAAGUUAAAUCCAGUGCCUGGGCUACUCCAACCGUCGUGGCGAUGAAAAGUGAUGACAUUAUAAUCAAAGGACUCGACGGCGUGCUUGCAUAUCAAGAUGACGUCCUCAUUUUCGGUCCUAACAAGAAAGAACACGAUGCCCGUCUGACGCAGCUACUGGAACGAUUUGCCGCCGGAAACGUGGCUAUCAAAGCCGUCCAAGUGACACGUUUCAAACCAUUGACUAACAUCGAAUCUCCAAAAGAUCAAACGCAUUUGAGAUCGGUGAUGGGAUGCCUAAAGUACUGUUCCCGAUUUAUCCCGAACUUCGCUACAAGGGCGCAGCCGCUUUUCGGUGCUCAGUGUUCAGAGGCUUGGGAAUGGUCGGUGGAGUGUGAAGAUAUCUUACGUGAUUUAAUUCGCUGCGUUACUGAUCGUCCUGUUCUCUCCCCGUUUUCACCUUCAAAACCGACUACACUCAUCACCGAUGCAUCUGACGUCGGAAUCGGUGCUGUAUUAGAACAAGAAGGAUGCCCGGUGAUCUGCACUUCACGUCUACUCAAUGCGGCAGAAAAUGGAUACUCACCGACUCAAAAAAAAGCGUUGGCUGUAUUUUGGGCUGUUCGACGAUUGCACAAGUAUCUUUUCGGAUUGUGGUUUACUAUCAUCACUGAUCACCAAGCGCUACAGUUCUUGUUCAACCCCAACAAAUCCAUCGCAAUGUCCACUGCUGCUAUGCAACAGAGGUGGAGUAUUGCUCUAGCCGCAUGUAACUAUGACAUCCAACAUCGUCCAGGAAAGACAAUCCCGCAGGCUGAUUUCCUCUCUCGCUACUCAUGA